AUGAGCGGUGUUGAAGUGGCAGGCUUGGUCCUUGGGGCCCUACCACUAGUUAUAGCUGCGAUUGAAUCGUAUAACGAAGGGCUGGAUCCAAUCAAGAGCAUGAUGAGAUGGGAACGCCAGCUUCCUCAGCUCAUUCGCAAACUUCGUAAUGAGCACGUCCAUUUUGCCCAGACCAUGCGACAACUUCUCGAACCCAUCACAGACGAAUUCGAACUCGACGAGAUGCUUUCUGAGCCGAGUGGACGACUAUGGAAGGAUCAUGACAUGGCAGAGAAGUUGCGUGAUAAGCUACAGGAGUCGUUCAUGGCAUACCAGGCCACCAUAAACGAGAUUGAGACGAUAAUGAAGGAGAUUGCUCGCAAGUUAGAUGUUGAUCGCGACAAGAAGAUGAACCAUAACGACCUCGAGGCCAUUGUAGCCGCGAAUCCCCAGAAGAACAAUAAGUUUGAAUUCGGGAAGCGAGUUCGCUUUGGCAUGAGCAAAAAAGGCAUAAAGGCCAAAUUGGACGAACUACAUGAGUGCAAUAAGGAGCUAGAGCGAUUCACCGACAAGAGCGAGAAACUGGAGUCCUACCGGAAAGUCACCAAGCCCUCGUUCGCGAAUCGCAUCCAACGGAUCCAAGGGUUGGCGAAGAAUCUACAUUCUUCGAUUCUAUCAUCGUGGUCAUGUGCCUGCCGUUCGAAUCACGAGACUCGCCUUCAGCUAGAUCAGAGAGGAAGUCUCUAUGCAAAGGCUGCAACUAAACAGUCUACAUUGACCAAGACAUGCUUCGUCGUGUCCUUCACAACAAUUGGUGACGACGUACAUUCUUGGAGACGACAAGAGGCGCAGAUAGAUAUAGAGGAAGAGGAGCAACUUCCCAAAAGGGUCGAAUCAAUACAGCUGAGGCCAAAAAUAGGAAAGACUGUGUCGUUUGGCGCAAAGGCUCCACCACCAUACUCAGCCAAUGCGGACUCUACGACAGCUACGGCAGGGCAGGCCCUGAAAGAGGUAGAGGAUCUAUGUGCAUCCAUCCACCAGCUCUACAAAAGCUCGCCAUGCAUAGGCUUCUCUCUUAACAGCAAAAGCAGACUCCGCGGCGUAUACCCCGUCCAAAGAACCUUCCCAGACAGAGACGAAGCGUUGCGAGAAUUAAUCACGCUCGACGAGCUCCUGGCCCAUCCACCCACAGUGAACGGCCGACCCAUGAAGCUGACCCGAAAGGAGCGAUACUCUCUCGCCGUCACGCUCGCCUCGUCCGCGCUCCAACUGAAUGCAACGCCCUGGUUCCCCGACCAAUGGAGCGGCAAGGACAUUGUAUUCCACCGAAUGUCGUCCCGCGGUCCCCAAAUCGUUGACAUCGACCAUCCAUACAUCGCCUCCCAUCUGGCCGCAGGCGCCGUUCACGCGACAAACGGCAACGCCCACCUUCACGCAAUCGCGAAGCCCUCCCAAGGCGGCGGCGGCACCGCAUUCAACAAGAACACAGUCCUCCUCGCCCUCGCAAUCGCCCUACUAGAACUCUACUUCGGCGUUCCAUCCACCUCCCGGAACCACGGACCUUCCUCAACGCCCAACACUAAUUCCAACCCGUGGGCCCUCUGUGCCAUGGCCUACGAAUGGGCAGAGACGGAACAAGGCGACAUGUCCGCCGCAUUCUCCUCCGCCGUCGCUCACUGUCUCCGCUGCUUCAGCGACCCAGGCGCCAGUCUCCAGGACGUUGAGUUCCUCCAGGCUGCUGUUGAGAAGAUCGUGCUCCCGCUGCAAGACGAAUUGUACCAGUUCCUUGGGAAGCCGGGGCCUUGA